AUGUAGUUUGGUUUGGUGGUUCCGAUCGGGUGAAAAAACCGAACGUGCAAUGUGAUUUACGGUUUCUCGCGUGAACCGAAACCGCGCAUAGCUGUGAUUUAUUGUAGGAAAAUACAAACGUGUACAUAUAUAGGCGCAUCGCGCGAAAAGUUCUUUCUCGGAGAGAUCUUGCUUUUAUCGGAAAAUUUUUAACUGCGAAGACCGCCCGCGAUCGCUCUGCUGUCGCAUGGCACACGACGAGAAAUGUUCUUGUGUGUGUUUGACGUAUGAAAAGAUGGUGACCGCUGAUAGUGAAAUUUGAUGAUAACGCUAUUCCGAAUGUUUCCACGAAUUUUGGCCGCGAUAAGAUCGUUAACUGAACGAGGAAUGGACGGCAGAUGGUCAUUAGGGAUAUCGUGAGCCGCCGAGGAUAUUGAUUUCGUUAUUGUAAGUAAAUGAAUGAGAGAGAAUUAUGAACCACUCAAAACAAUUGCUUUGAAUAACAAUACAAUUAUAAUGCAAAAUACAAUGUCCCAUUGCAAAGAAGAAGUGGUGUCACCUGGGUUUCAUCAACUGAGUAUUACAAUUGAAGCAGCGAGAAUUAGAAGUUCAACUUUCUUAAAGCCUAAUCCAUAUGUAGAAUUCUCAGUUGAUGAUAAAAGUCCACGUAAAACAGAAGUGUUAAAGUCUACAUAUCAACCAAGAUGGAAUGAAGAGUUUACCAUACUUGUAACCCCAUAUUCGAACUUGCAUUUUCGAAUACUUGACCAUAGUACUUUUCGCAAGGACACGUUAAUAGGAGAGAAACGGUUAAGUUUGUUUCAAGUUUUAUCACAUUAUAAUGGAAAAUUAGAGAAUUUAGAACUGACAUUCGAUUUGAUGAGUGAGAGUAAACAUGACUCUCAGUUGUGUAAAGUUGGCGAAUUGAUUACCAUAUUUGAUGGACUUAAAAUCGAUGCCGCCAACGAGACAACAUCAAAUGUUGGAGACCCACCCUGUUCAAUACAAUCUGAUGGUGCCACAAAUAAUGAUACAAUUAAUAAUCGGAGUAUUCUUAAUGGUGGAAUUCGUGCACGUAUGAGAUUACAUUCAGAGAAUCUUACGCCUAUAUGUCGUGGUUCAACAAAUAUUCACAUUAGUCCAAACUAUAACAGUGGAAAUGGUCAAACAAACAGCAAAAAGACUGUUGGAAUUUCCACUACAACUUCAAGUGCAGAUGGCGCAUCGAGUAGCAAUGUGGGUGUCAGCAACAACAGCAGCAACAACAACAACAGCGGCAGCAGCAGCAGCAAUACUUUGCUGAACGGGCAUGCAAUUUCAAUAACAGAUAAAUCUAAGGUGUCUCCGGGAAAUCGACACGCCACAGAUAUACAAACUUUUACUGGUAGAGUGACCAUCAAGGAUCAAUCCUCGGCGUCAGCAAAUCCGCCAGAAAAUCGAGUGUACGUGCGAAAUAGCUACGUCAAUGGGGAACAUUCUGCGAUCGUGAAACCAGAUUCACGUGGUGCGUCGCGAAUAGAACAAUCUACUUCAGUGAUUCCAGGAAACGGAUCGCAAAUAUCAGCGGAUGUUCGUGGAAUUUUCCGUCAAGACCAGUCGAUUCCUUCCAAUACAGAUAAUACCGAUGCUUCUCCAAAAGACACAAAUGCGUCGCCGCAUGUGAAUAGUCGUGGUGGUGGCACUGCUCUACGAAUAGAACAGCCAGUUGUAGCAACUCUUCCGGAUGGCCGUGUAAUGACACUCGACGGACAAAUAUCGACACGAUCGGAACAGUCGGAUCAAUCCGUGAACACACGACGAAUAACCAUGGCGAAUGAAGACAUACGCUUGAUGCGACAAAUAGAAGAAUCUGCUAUAAACACCAUCGGUAGACACUUGGAUGAGUCUAGCCGCGCGGCGAGACAAGAGCCGGAAUACGAGUCUAUGAUUAUUCGUUUGCACGAGGAUUUGCAAAUUCCUCGUGCGGAACAACCGAUAAGCACGCCACAUCCGUCGCAUUUACGCGGAGUUACGCGUAACCAACAAAAUGCGAAUGUUCACCCGACAGAUGAUCACCCUACGGUUUCUCGACUGGAACCGUCAACAGUGAUUCCGUUAACUGAGGGACGAACGCAUCCUGUCGCAGAACAUGUAUCGCCUGCUGCGGAAUCCCGUUCCGGUAUGCCGCGAAUUCCACAAAGUGUAGUUUCAUUGCCCGCUCAAUCCGUUCCCGUGCCAAUAGCUGGGCAAUCUGUUGCGCAGCCGGGUUCCUCAGCUUUGUCCACCGAUGAUCACUCAGAAAAAUUGCCGUCGGGUUGGGAAAGGAGAUACGAUAUGUAUGGGAGAAGAUAUUAUGUCGAUCAUAAUACUCGAAGCACAUCUUGGGAGAGACCUCAAGAGCCUUUGCCCCCUGGAUGGGAAAUUCGUCGCGAUCCACGCGGUAGAAUUUAUUACGUUGAUCAUAAUACAAGAAGCACGACGUGGCAAAGACCAAAUACAGAGAGAUUGCAACACUGGCAACACUGGCAAGGUGAAAGACAAUAUGUUGUCGAACAAGGCAAUCAGAGAUUUCUUUAUCCUCAGGUUCAUGGAAGUCAGUCUGCCGCGGGUCCGUCAACGUCCGUAGUUGACGAUGACGACGCUCUGGGACCAUUACCGGCUGGUUGGGAAAGACGGAAGCAACCAGAAGGAAGAGUAUAUUAUGUAAAUCAUAAGAAUCGAACUACACAAUGGGAGGAUCCUCGUACGCAGGGUCAAGAAUCUGCGAUCGACGGACCGUUACCGGAUGGUUGGGAGAUACGAUUAACGGAAGAUGGGAUGGAGUAUUUUGUGGAUCACAAUACACGAACGACGACGUUUCAAGAUCCAAGACCUGGUGCACCCAAAGGUCCGAAAGGUGCGUAUCGUGUUCCGAGGGCGUACGAAAGAUCAUUCCGAUGGAAACUGUCUCAGUUCCGAUUCUUGUGUCAGACCAACGCACUGCCUAAUCAUAUUAAGAUAAGCGUUAGUCGCCAGACAUUGUUUGAAGACUCGUACCAUCAAAUAAUGAAUGCUGAAGCCUUUGCGCUGAGACGGCGAUUAUACAUAAUAUUUAAAGGAGAGGAAGGUCUGGACUAUGGAGGUGUGUCUAGGGAAUGGUUUUUCUUGUUGAGCCACGAAGUUUUAAAUCCCAUGUACUGCCUAUUCGAGUAUGCCAAUAAAAGUAAUUACAGUUUGCAAAUAAAUCCAGCAUCGUAUGUCAAUCCCGAUCAUUUACAGUAUUUCAAAUUUAUCGGCAGGUUUAUUGCGAUGGCUCUUUAUCAUGGCAGAUUUAUAUACAGCGGAUUUACCAUGCCAUUUUAUAAACGUAUGUUAAACAAGAAACUAGUUAUGAAGGACAUAGAAUCCAUUGAUCCGGAGUUUUACAAAUCUCUCGUGUGGAUAAAAGAAAAUAACAUUGACGACUGUGGCCUAGAAUUGUAUUAUAGUGUAGAUUUUGAGAUUCUCGGUCAGGUAAUACAUCACGAGUUAAAGGAAAAUGGAGAUAAAGUUAGAGUAAGCGAAGACAAUAAAGAAGAAUACAUCAGGUUAAUGACAGAAUGGAGAAUGACAAGAGGUAUAGAGGAACAAACAAAAGCGUUCUUGGAAGGCUUCAAUUCAGUCGUGCCUCUCGAGUGGCUCAAAUAUUUUGAUGAACGUGAAUUGGAACUCAUGCUUUGUGGCAUGCAGGAGAUAGAUGUCGAGGACUGGCAACGCAAUACUAUUUACAGACACUACACUCGUAACAGUAAACAAAUUCUUUGGUUCUGGCAGUUUGUAUCGAGAACAGAUAGCGAAAAAAGAGCCAGACUGUUACAAUUUGUAACGGGUACUUGUCGCGUACCUGUUGGUGGAUUUGCCGAAUUAAUGGGGAGCAAUGGCCCGCAAAGAUUUUGUAUCGAGAAAUUUGGAAAGGAUACCUGGCUGCCAAGAUCACAUACUUGUUUCAACAGGUUAGAUUUGCCUCCUUAUAAAAGUUAUGACCAAUUAGUAGAAAAAUUGAAUUACGCGAUUGAAGAAACGGAGGGCUUUGGCCAAGAAUAAACUGUGCAAACAUUAAUAAUUGUGUAAUAGAUACACUCUACAUUUCUAUACGUUUAGUGAACAAAAAUAAAAGCAAACAUUAAGCUGAUGUUUACGUUACAUUCAAAACUGUUGACGGCUAUCGCAAACCCAGAUAAAAUUGCAAAUAAUUGAAGAUGUUUAUAGAUGCAUCACUCGAAAAACUUUGUAUAAAGUGAUAUAAAUUAUAUAUGAAAAUAAAAACUCUAUGUUAAUAUGUCAAUUUAUUUCAGUA